ACCUUCCUAAUGUUCGCUCUACUGAUAACCGUCAUAUAUGUAGAAGUGAUAAAGAAUUGUGGUUGGUUGAAGGCGAAUCGAUUUUUGUUGAUCUAACAAAUGUAAAACAACAAAAUAAUAAUGUUCAGUUAUCCGAACCAACUUCUAUCAAAAAUAUUAACCAAAGACACAAAGAAUACGAUGAUGCUACUUCAACAGAUAAUGAAGAUAUUAAUAUAACUUCACAAGUUUCCUUGUCAGAUGAUGAAAGUGAUAAUGACAUCAUUCUUCCUCAAGUCUCCUUAUUAGUUUAUGAAAAUAAUGAAGCUAUUUUGCCUCAUUCAGGCAAUGAUAUUGCUUUACCAGCUCAUAGAAAUAAUAAUAUUAUUGGUGUUUGGCGAUCAAUUUCGGACACCUUAUCAAGAAUAUACUUAUCUUUAAUGAUAUUUAUUAUUUGGUGUGGGUACAUUCUUG